AUGACUGGCUUGGGGAAUUCUGCUCCUUCUGACUUUGAUCGCUCCAAAUACGCUCCAAUUUGCCCGAUUCUCGCCAAUACAAGUAAAAUAGGUGUAAUUCUACACCUAUCAGUAACCAGAAAUGACGGCCAACUAGUCCCAUUCGGCGAUCUUUAUGUUGUUAAUAAUGCUUUAAAAUUAGGCAUUAAUCCAACCUCAAAAAUUAUAGGGCGUGCUAAAGGACUCGAAGUAGCAUCUAGCCAAGCAAAUGAAAUUCCCACAUGGUUUCUUUGCUUGGAUUUCGGAUUUAGUAGAGGAAAAUUUAAAGGAAGUUCGAUUAUCAUUUGUUCACGAAGUUUGGUUUUAGAACCAGAACGCGAGCUUGCAGUUAUUGGUGGAAGAAAAAAAUUUAGGAUGGCUACAGGUUUUGCUAAGGUUCGAACAGUUUUUGCAAAUACUACUGAUAAUUAUGUGGUUAGUAAGUAUGAUGUUACCGUAUAUGACUAA